CCGCCGCUCCUCCGGCCGCCGGGGGUCCUGCCUCCGUCCCUUCCCUCCCGGGCAGGAUGGUGGACCUGGACAGCGAGGUGCCCCCGCUGCCCCCGCGCUACCGCUUUCGGGACUUGCUGCUGGGCGACCAGGGCUGGCAGAGCGACGACAGGGUGCAAGUUGAAUUCUAUAUGAAUGAAAAUACAUUUAAAGAGAGACUAAAGCUCUUCUUCAUCAAAAACCAAAGAUCAAGUCUGAGAAUACGAUUAUUCAAUUUCUCUCUCAAGCUACUAAGCUGUUUCUUAUACAUAGUUCGUGUGCUCCUGGAUGAUCCUACACAAGGACUUGGAUGUAAGGAAUUAAAUCGGAGUUGUUCCAUCAACCAAAACUACACACCUGGAACAAUUGAUUGGUCUCCCAUUAUUUGGGUGAACCGAAGCUUACCUUUAUGGGGAUUACAGGUGUCUGUGGCUGUAAUAAGUCUCUUUGAAACUCUACUGCUAAGUUAUCUAAGCUACAAGGGAAAUAUCUGGGAACAAAUUCUGAGAAUACCCUUUCUCCUGGAAAUAAUUAAUGCUGUCCCUUUCAUCAUCACGAUUUUCUGGCCAGUCCUAAGAAACCUGUUUAUUCCUGUAUUUUUAAACUGUUGGCUGGCAAAGCAUGCUUUAGAGAAUAUGAUUAAUGAUCUUCACCGAGCCAUCCAACGCACACAGUCCGCAAUGUUUAAUCAAGUCCUCAUUUUAAUAUCCACCUUAUUAUGUCUUAUCUUCACUUGUAUUUGUGGAAUUCAGCAUCUGGAACGAGCAGGAAACAGGUUGACUCUCUUUGACUCCCUUUAUUUCUGCAUAGUGACAUUUUCCACUGUGGGCUUUGGGGAUGUUACACCCAAGAUAUGGCCUUCAAAGCUGCUUGUUGUCAUUAUGAUCUGUGUUGCUCUUGUGGUGCUGCCCAUCCAGUUUGAACAGCUGGCAUAUUUAUGGAUGGAGAGACAAAAGUCCGGUGGAAACUACAGUCGAUACAGAGCUCAGACAGAAAAACAUGUUGUGCUGUGUGUAAGCUCUCUGAAGAUUGACUUACUUAUGGAUUUCUUAAAUGAAUUCUAUGCUCACCCCAGAUUGCAGGACUAUUAUGUCGUUAUUUUGUGCCCUACCGAGAUGGAUGCUCAGGUGCGAAGGGUGUUACAAAUCCCAAUGUGGUCCCAAAGAGUUAUCUACCUGCAAGGCUCAGCACUAAAAGAUCAAGACCUGUUGAGAGCCAAAAUGGAUGAUGCUGAAGCUUGUUUCAUACUGAGCAGCCGCUGUGAGGUGGACAGGACAGCAGCUGAUCAUCAAACCAUUUUAAGAGCCUGGGCAGUUAAAGACUUUGCUCCAAACUGUCCUUUGUAUGUCCAGAUAUUGAAACCUGAGAAUAAAUUCCACAUUAAGUUUGCAGAUCAUGUUGUGUGUGAAGAGGAAUUCAAAUAUGCUAUGCUAGCUCUAAAUUGUAUAUGCCCAGCUACUUCUACAUUAAUCACACUGUUGGUUCAUACAUCUAGGGGACAAACAGCUCCAUGGGAAGCUUUUAGACAACUAACUGGAACCAAGCAGACUUUAAACAGGGAUUGUCAGCAGUCACCAGAACAAUGGCAGAAAAUGUAUGGCAGAUGCUCUGGUAACGAAGUGUAUCAUAUUAACCUGGAAGAAAGUACUUUUUUUGCUGAGUACGAGGGGAAGAGCUUCACAUAUGCUUCUUUCCAUGCACAUAAAAAGUUUGGAGUCUGUCUGAUUGGUGUUAGAAAGGAAGAUAACAAAAACAUUUUGCUGAAUCCAGGUCCUCGAUAUAUCAUGAGUUCUACAGAUAUAUGCUUUUAUAUAAAUAUCACCAAAGAAGAGAAUUCUGCUUUUAAGAAGCAAGAAAAGCAUAGAAAAAACCAUGAAUCAAAAUUAUCUUACCAUGGAGCUUCCAGGCUACCAGUACACAGUAUAAUAGCCAGCAUGGGGACCGUGGCUAUCGAUCUACAAGACACAGGAUGCCGAGCGUCCAGCGGAGCUACGCUGGCCCUUCCUCCCGACGGAGGGAAGGAGGGCAGACGGCCCAGCAUAGCACCAGUUCUGGAGGUUGCAGACUCAUCCUCACUUCAGACGUGUGACCUGCUAAGUGACCAGUCAGAAGAUGAAACUACCCCAUCAGAUGAUGAAGUCUCUGCAGGCUUAGAGUAUGCCAAAGGCUAUCCUCCUUACUCUCCAUAUAUUGGAAGUUCUCCCACAUUUUGUCAUCUUCUGCAUGAAAAAGUACCCUUCUGUUGUCUAAGACUAGAUAAGGGAUGCCAACAUAACUACUAUGAAGAUGCCAAAGCCUAUGGAUUCAAAAAUAAAUUGAUUAUAGUUGCAGCAGAAACUGCUGGCAAUGGCUUAUAUAACUUUAUUGUUCCACUCAGAGCUUAUUACCGACCAAAGAAAGAACUGAACCCCAUUGUGUUACUCCUGGAUAACCCGCCAGAUAUGCAUUUUCUGGAUGCAAUCUGUUGGUUUCCAAUGGUUUACUACAUGGUGGGCUCUAUCGACAACCUAGAUGACUUAUUAAGAUGUGGGGUCACCUUUGCAGCUAAUAUGGUGGUGGUGGACAAAGAAAGUACAAUGAGUGCUGAAGAAGACUACAUGGCGGAUGCCAAGACUAUUGUAAAUGUUCAAACACUCUUUAGGUUGUUCUCAAGCCUAAGCAUUAUCACAGAAUUAACUCACCCAGCCAACAUGAGAUUCAUGCAGUUCAGAGCCAAAGACUGUUAUUCUCUUGCUCUAUCCAAAUUAGAAAAGAAAGAGCGGGAGAAGGGAUCUAAUCUUGCAUUUAUGUUUCGACUGCCCUUUGCUGCUGGCAGGGUUUUCAGCAUCAGUAUGUUGGAUACACUGCUUUAUCAGUCAUUUGUGAAAGAUUAUAUGAUAUCUAUUACAAGACUUCUGCUGGGACUUGAUACCACACCAGGAUCUGGGUUUCUUUGUUCUAUGAAAAUCACAGAAGAGGAUCUAUGGAUUAGGACAUAUGCCAGACUGUAUCAGAAACUUUGUUCUUCUACAGGAGACAUUCCAAUUGGAGUCUAUAGGACAGAAUCCCAAAAGCUUGCAACAUCCGAGUCCCGAGAAAUGGCUUCACAAUCUCAAAUCUCUAUCAGCGUGGAAGAAUGGGAAGACACUAAAGACACCAAAGAACAGUUUAGUUAUCGCGGUAACCAUCGGAACUCAACCUCCAGUGACCAGUCUGACCAUCCCCUGCUGCGACGGAAGAGCAUGCAGUGGGCACGGCGGCUGAGCAGGAGAGCACCCAGGCACUCGGGGAAAACAGCAGAGAAGAUCAACCAGCAGCGAAUGAACCUUUAUAGGAGGUCAGAAAGACAGGAGCUUGCUGAGCUCGUGAAAAACAGAAUGAAGCAUCUGGGCCUUUCUCCAGCAGGAUACGAUGAAAUGAAUGAUCAUCAGAACACCCUUUCUUACAUCCUGAUCAAUCCUUCUCCAGAUACAAGAUUAGAGCUGAAUGAUAUAGUAUACUUGAUCCGACCUGAUCCAUUGACUUAUGUUCCAAAUGCUGCACCCAGCCGAAAAGACAGCUUCUGCAAUACAGUGGGACAAGACACCAGGGAGGAAACACAACUUUGAUAUGUAAUUCAUCACAAAAUUAAGAGACAAUUUUAUACACAUGUUGUUUCCACUAACCAUUUUGAAAACUGAGUGGUAUAUUUUAUUCAGAUUUUGGAAACAAAAUGACAGUGGGUAAGUGACCAAAUGUAGAAAUGUGGUGCCUAGAAACUCUUAAUUUCAGGGAUUGUCAGGCUUGUGGCCUGUUGAGUAUGAUAGUUGAACUUUGUCAGCCUAACAGAAUUACGACACCUGUCUGCUAUUUAACCAAUAUGAACAAAUGUCAGAUUUCAUCAUAUGUUUUGCUUAGAUGCUUCUAAGCGAAUUUAUCAAGGUGACAGCAUGUCAGUGACUAAGCUUCUGAUCUACAUCAGAUUAUCUGAUGCCCAUAGAGAGACAAUGGAUAAUUUGUAGUAGAAAAUACAUUAAGACCUAAAGCUGCCACCAAGGCUCUGCGUGUCAAGAAUUCAGUCUUUGAAAUAUUUUUCAAUCUCAGCCUGUCAUCCAUUUGUAUUAGAACAGGCUAGUUUAGGUCCCAUUUUAGCCUCCAGGACCUGGGCGUUAGUUCUUUGGGUUUACACAGAUCAGGUUGAAUGACAUAACCCAGUCACUCCGCAGAGGUUGAGAUCUGAGACACAUCCACUGAAAGAAGAGCCCAGCUGGAGGAAAAUCCCUGUCAUCUCACACAGGCAGCCCUCCCAGACUUGCAAAAAACUGGGAAGGUACUACCUGUGUGAAGCUGCAUACAAUGGUAGCUCAGGUGAAAUGUAAUCCUUUGAACCCUAGUGAAGUUGUCUAGAGAAGCCUGAAUAGAUAAUAAUACAAAAGUGAGAACAUCCCUCUAGGGAAUGAUUCUUACUGCAAGUCCUUUCCAUUUUCACAAAUGCCAGAACUGAAACUGCCCAAAGCAUGUACAUGCCCAGUCAUCCAGAUUACCCAAAUGUGAUACAUUUUCAUAUGAAAUGAUGUAUCCCACUGAAAAUUAAAGAAAUUUUUAUCCCAUUCCAUAAAAUGAAUGUAAUUCCACAUUAUGUGAAAAAGCAUUAUGGAUUUAAAACCUCUGUUUUGGCAUGAAGUACCCAAGAAAGCAUCUGCUUGUGUAUGAAACACCUGGAGCUGCUACAGAAUCUCCAGUCUGUAUGCCACAAUUGGUCAAGCUUUCUAAAGAAUUAAGCCACAACUGGUCAAGCUUUCUAAAGAAUUAAGCCUGCCUGUACAGGAUCGUCCAAAAUCACAUUCUUGCUCUGCCAUCUGUCACAAACUGGGAAGAACAUACUUAAGGUUUAAAAAACCCUACAGUUACACUUACCUACGUAGAACCAGUACAAGAAAUUUGGCAGACAGUCUACUAUGGAAAAUUUGAUUAUUCUUUGAACAUCCUUGAUGUCCUACUUGUACAAAAAACCCAGUCAGAAUUAUUUAGAUUCUAUUCUAUAUUCAUUGAUAGAACUACAUUCUAUUUCUGGAUAAAAA